GCCUCGCCCGUGGGGAGGCUGCCACGUUCAGUACUUCUGCAUGGCGGCUGUGCUGCUUGCGGGCACGGGCGUGGUUGCCUUCACGAACAUGAUGCGCUUGGCCUUUCUGACGGUGAUGCAGACUGCGAGCUUUGUGCUCCUUGCGGCACUGUGCCUGGUGAGCGCGGCCAAACAUCUUGCGCCGAGCGACGGCGGUGCGAGGGCGUACGCGGCUAUCGUGCUGCUGCUGACGACUGUGCUGCUUGCGGCCACUGUGUACAGCGUCGUUGUGUGGUACGCGGAGGACCGCCACUGGCAGGAGCUGCGCGAGCCGCGGCGUGGUGGGCUGGAGGCGCUGCUGUGCGAUGACGAGCAUGGCGACGAAGAGACGCAGAAGCCGCAGGACGUGACGUCAUCGUCGUACGCCUCAGGCACCACCGUUGCGUCGUCGUACCGAUCACCUGCGGUGUUGUUGCAGCUCAUGGCCGGUGACACCCGCUCAGACGCCUUGAGCCUGUUCGACCGCGCAUCCAAUGCAGGAUGCAAGGUUGAUUGUUUCACGCCGGAGAAGUACUGA